AUGGCGGCCAUCGGUGUCCACCUGGGUGCUACCUGUGCCUGUGCUGCUGUCUAUAAGGAUGGCCGCGCCGACGUGGUCGCCAAUGACGCCGGGGAUAGGGUCACACCAGCGGUCGUUGCUUUCUCGGAAAGCGAGGAGGUUGUUGGCUUAGCUGCAAAACAAAGUAGAAUAAGAAACGUUUCAAACACUGUAGUGAAAGUAAAGCAGAUCCUUGGGCGAAGCUCUGGUGACCCACAGGCAGAGAAAUAUAUUGCAGAAAGCAAAUGUUCAGUAAUUGAGAAGAAUGGAAAACUUCAGUAUGAAAUAGAUAAUAAACUUAUCAGCCCAGAAGAUGUGGCAAAGCUAAUUUUCAGUAAAAUGAAAGAAACUGCUCAGUCUGCAGUGGGUUCGGAUGUAAAUGAUGUUGUUAUCACUGUACCAUUUGAUUUUGGAGAGGAUCAGAAAAAUGCCCUUGGGGAAGCAGCUGCAGCUGCUGGAUUUAAUGUUAUGAGAUUAGUUCAUGAACCGUCUGCUGCUCUCCUGGCUUAUGGAAUUGGCCAAGAUUCACCCACUGGGAAAAGCAACGUGUUGGUUUAUAAACUUGGAGGAACAUCACUGUCCAUCACAAUCAUAGAAGUAAACAGUGGAAUGUAUCGUGUGCUUGCUACAAACACAGAUGAUAGCAUUGGUGGAGUUUGCUUCACAGAAGCUCUAGCACAACACUUAGCUUCUGAAUUUCAGAGGUCUUGUAAACAUGAUAUCAGAGGAAAUCCCAGAGCCAUGAUGAAGUUAAUGAACAGUGCUGAUAUUGCAAAGCAUUCUUUAUCAACCCUUGGAAGUGCAAACUGCUUUGUAGAUUCAUUGUACGAUGGAUUAGAUUUUGAUUGUAAUGUGUCCAGGGCCAGGUUUGAGCUCAUCUGUUCUUCCCUUUUUAGUAAAUGCAUAGAAGCAAUUAAAAAGCUCUUGCAGCAAGUUGGAUUUACAGCAGAUGAUAUUAAUAAGGUAGUUCUGUGUGGUGGGUCUGCUCGGAUCCCAAAGCUGCAGCAGCUGAUCAAAGAAAUUUUCCCAGCUGUGGAAUUACUGAAUUCAAUUCCUCCAGAUGAGGUUAUUCCCAUUGGUGCAGCCACAGAGGCAGGAAUUCUGCUAGGGAAAGAGAAUCCUUUAUUAGAAGAAGAGGCACUUAUUGAGUGUUCUGCCAAAGAUAUUCUUCUUAAGGGAGUAGACGAGUCAGGGGCUGACAAAUUCACAGUGCUAUUUCCAUCAGGGACUCCAUUACCAGCUCGAAGGCAACACACCCUGCAUGCUCCUGGAAACACCUCUUCUGUAUGCCUUGAACUAUACGAAUCAUUGGGGAAAAGCCCCAUGAAUGAAGAAGGUAAAUUUGCACAGAUUGUACUCCAGGAUUUAGAUAAAAAGGAGGAUGGUCUGCAUGAUAUAUUAACUGUUCUCACUAUGAAAAGGGAUGGGUCCUUGCAUAUUACCUGCACAGAUCAAGAUACUGGAAAGUGUGAAAUCAUCACUGUUGAAGUGGCGUCAUAGUCUCUUGAAAGGCAACAUUUUUUUUCUAUGCUGAUUUUUUGUGUCUCUUGUUGGCUUUUCUGCCAAAGACUCUCUCUGAGUUUUUAAUGAUUCUUAGGAGACUGUUAUAAACUGAAUUACAUUAAUUUGCCACCAAGUCUGUUUGGAAUGGAAAACAUGGUACAAAAUGCUAUCAAGACUGGCCAAGGGUGGAGCAUGGA